AUCAAAUAUUUAAUUUCGUUUUUCAAUUUCUUCGUCUCUCUCUCUCUCUCGCGAGUCACCGGAGGAAGCUGACUGAGUAGAGAAGCGAGUCACCGGUAGAUUUAUUUCCGUCUAGAAACAGGUUGUCAACACACCGAGUUGACCGUAGAGUGGUGGGGAGAUGGAAGAGGAAGAGCCAACGGGUGAGUUUCGCGGUGAGUCUCAGCCUGAGCAGAGGAAAUCUGGAACUCCGAGGCUUUACAUCAAAGAGCUUGUCAUGAGGAACUUCAAAUCAUACGCUGGUGAACAACGCGUCGGUCCUUUCCACAAGAGUUUUUCUGCGGUGGUUGGACCUAAUGGGAGUGGAAAGAGCAAUGUGAUAGAUGCUAUGCUCUUUGUAUUUGGGAAACGAGCGAAGCAGAUGCGUCUCAACAAAGUGUCUGAACUAAUUCACAACUCAACCAAUCACCAGAACUUGGACAGUGCUGGAGUUUCUGUACAGUUUGAAGAGAUUAUUGAUAAGGAAGAUGGCUCCUACGAAACUGUUCCUGGAAGUGAUUUCAUGAUUACCCGGGUUGCAUUCCGAGAUAAUUCUUCCAAGUAUUAUAUCAAUGAAAGGUCGAGCAAUUUCACUGAAGUUACCAAAAAGUUGAAGGGGAAAGGAGUAGAUCUUGACAACAACCGUUUCUUGAUUCUUCAGGGGGAGGUAGAGCAGAUAUCACUCAUGAAGCCGAAAGCGCAAGGUCCCCAUGAUGAAGGUUUUCUUGAAUAUCUCGAGGAUAUUAUUGGAACGAAUAAAUACGUGGAGAAGAUAGAUGAAUUAAAUAAGGAGCUUGAAACCCUCAAUGAAAAGCGGUCUGGAGUUGUACAAAUGGUGAAACUAGCAGAGAAAGAGAGGGACAAUUUAGAGGGUGUGAAGGAUGAAGCAGAGACUUACAUGCUGAAAGAGCUAUCUUAUCUUAAAUGGCAAGAAAAGGCUACAAAAAUGGCACAUGAAGAUACUUUAGCUAAAAUUACCGAACAGAAAGAGAGCUUGCAGAAUUUGGAAAACAGUCUAAAGAAUGAUCGGGAGAAAAUGGAUGAGAGUAAUAAGGAAUUGAAGGAACUAGAGUCUGUGCAUGAAAAACAUAAGAAGACACAAGAGGGUCUUGAUAAUGAACUUCGAGAGUGUAAGGAGAAGUUCAAAGAGUUUGAAAGGCAGGACGUAAAGCACAGGGAGGAUUUGAAGCAUGUGAAGCAAAAAAUCAAGAAAUUAGAGGAUAAACUUCAAAAGGAUUCAUCCAAAAUCAAUGAUUUGACAAAGGAGUGCGAGGACUCGAGAGAUCUUAUACCUAAACUUCAGGAAAAUAUACCGAAGCUGCAGGAGGUCUUGGUUGAUGAGGAGAAGGCACUGGAGGAAAUCAAAGAGAAAGCUAAAGUUGAAACUGAAGCUUACCGGUCUGAGCUUACAAAAAUUCGUGCUGAAUUAGAACCGUGGGAAAAGGAUUUAAUUGUCCACAAGGGAAAGCUGGAUGUUGCUUCAUCCGAAAGUGAGCUCUUGAGCAAUAAGCACGAAGCUGCUCUGAAGGCCUUCACAGAUGCUCAGAAACAGCUGACUGAUAUAUCAGGGAGGAAAGAAGAAAAAUCUGCAGCAACUACUUCAAUUAAAGCUGAUAUAGAGAAGAAGAAACUUGAAGCAAUGGAAGCUCGAAAAGUCGAAGAGGAAUCACAGAGAGAACAGGAAACUCUAAUUCCACAAGAGCAGGCAGCCAGAGAAAAAGUCGCUGAACUAAAGUCAGCUAUGAAUUCUGAGAGGAGUCAGGGUGAUGUUUUGAAGGCAGUUUUACGAGCCAAGGAGAACAAUCAAAUUGAAGGAAUAUAUGGAAGGAUGGGGGACUUAGGUGCCAUUGAUGCAAAAUACGAUGUUGCCGUAUCAACUGCUUGCGGUGGCCUUGAUUACAUUGUUGUGGAAACAACUUCUGCCGCUCAGGCAUGUGUCGAGCUGCUGCGGAAGGGAAAUCUUGGCGUUGCAACGUUUAUGAUAUUGGAGAAACAAACCAAUCAUUUACAAAGAUUGAAGGAGAGAGUGAAGACACCCGAGGAUGUUCCACGCCUCUUUGAUCUGAUUAGAGUUAAGGAUGAGAGGAUGAAACUUGCAUUCUACGCAUCCUUGGGAAACACUGUUGUGGCAAAAGAUCUUGAUCAGGCAACACGUAUUGCAUAUGGUGGGAACAGAGAAUUUCAAAGAGUCGUGACUCUUGACGGUGCUCUCUUUGAAAAAUCUGGCACCAUGAGUGGAGGUGGAGGCAAGCCACGUGGAGGAAGAAUGGGAACCUCGAUUCGAGCCACUGGUGUGUCUGGCGAAGUUGUUGCUAAUGCAGAAAACGAGCUCUUCAAAAUUGUUGACAUGUUAAACCACAUCCGUGAAAAGAUUGGCAAUGCGGUGAGACAAUAUCGGGCUGCAGAAAACGAAGCCUCUCGCCUCGAGAUGGAGCUGGCGAAAAGCCAAAGGGAGAUCGAAAGUCUCAACUCAGAGCAUAAUUACCUGGAGAAACAACUAGCUUCGCUGGAAGCUGCAUCUCAGCCAAAGACAGAUGAGAUAGACAGGCUUAAAGAGCUCAAGAAAAUCAUCUCCAAAGAAGAAAAAGAGAUUGAAAAACUUGAGAAGGGUUCUAAACAGCUGAAGGAAAAAGCUUUGGAGCUGCAAACCAGCAUAGAGAACGCUGGUGGGGAAAAUCUGAAAGGACAAAAGGCAAAGGUUGAGAAGAUUCAGACCGACAUUGACAAAAGUAAUACAGAGAUCAAUCGAUGUAAUGUUCAAAUAGAAACACACCAGAAAAUGAUAAAGAAGUUAACAAAGGGGAUUGAAGACGGGACUCGAGAGAAAGAAAGGCUAGAGGGUGAGAAGGAAAAAUUGCUGACGGUAUUCAAAUCUAUAGAACAGAAAGCAUUUGCAAUCCAAGAGAAGUAUAAAGAAACACAGAAGUUGAUUGAUGAACAUAAAGACGUGCUGACUGAAGCAAAAUCCAAUUUUGAGAAGCUGAAAAAGUCUGUGGAUGAGUUGAAGGCAUCUAGGGUCGAUGCAGAAUUCAAAGUUCAAGAUAUGAAAAAGAAGUACAAUGAAUUAGAAUUGAAAGAGAAGGGCUACAAGAAGAAACUCAACGACUUGCAGAUUGCACUCACAAAGCACAUGGAACAAAUUCAGAAAGAUCUUGUUGAUCCGGAUAAGCUUCAAGCAACAUUGAUGGAUAAUAAUUUGAACGAAGCUUGUGAUCUAAAAAAGGCUCUUGAAAUGGCUGCCUUACUGGAGGCUCAGCUGAAAGAGUUGAAUCCAAAUCUUGACUCAAUCGCGGAGUAUCGGAGCAAAGUGGAACUUUACAAUGGGAGGGUAGAUGAACUUAACUCUGUAACCCAAGAACGUGAUGACAUAAGGAAGCAGCAUGAUGAAUUGAGAAAGAGAAGGUUGGAUGAGUUUAUGGCAGGAUUUAACACAAUAUCGUUAAAACUGAAAGAAAUGUAUCAGAUGAUCACUCUCGGAGGUGAUGCAGAGCUCGAGCUUGUAGACUCGCUGGACCCUUUCUCAGAAGGUGUGGUUUUCAGUGUAAGACCUCCAAAGAAGAGCUGGAAGAACAUUGCAAACUUGUCCGGUGGUGAAAAGACACUGAGCUCACUCGCACUAGUCUUUGCACUCCAUCACUACAAGCCUACACCGCUUUACGUCAUGGACGAAAUCGACGCCGCUCUCGAUUUCAAGAACGUAUCUAUCGUUGGACACUACGUGAAGGACCGUACUAAAGAUGCUCAGUUCAUUAUCAUCAGUCUGAGGAACAACAUGUUUGAGCUAGCAGAUAGAUUGGUGGGAAUCUACAAAACAGAUAACUGCACAAAGAGCAUUACUAUCAACCCUGGAAGCUUUGCAGUUUCUCAGAAAACGCCUGCCUAAGUCUACCAAAUGAACAACAUCACUACAUGAACCACUUUUGUUGAUUUUUGGUGUCUGCAUGUAUGAACAGGCUCAUUGUAUUGUAAUGGUUUUCUACUGUUUAGUGACUUUCGCUUGCAUCUUUUUUUUUUCUUUUUGAAUGAUGGGAUUAACAUUAUCCAUGUUAUUAUAUAAUCUAAAGGAUGUGUAUAUCAGGCCUACUUGUAGACCAAGCUAAUAAUGGUCAAACCAUUUGCAUAA